GCAUAUAUAGUUAACCAUGGCGCCGAAUGCAGCUGUACCAGUGGAGCGAUAUGAGCCCCAAAACAUUGGAAUCAACGCGAUUCUCCUGGGGCCGCCGGGAUCCGGCAAGGGAACGCAGGCUCCCCUCCUGAAGGAGAAGUUCUGUGUUUGCCACCUGUCCACUGGCGACAUGCUGCGGGCGGAGAUUUCGUCCGGUUCCAAGCUGGGAGCUGAGUUGAAGAAGGUCAUGGAUGCCGGCAAGCUGGUCUCCGAUGACCUGGUGGUGGACAUGAUCGACUCCAACCUGGAUAAGCCCGAGUGCAAGAACGGAUUCCUCCUGGACGGAUUCCCCAGGACUGUCGUUCAAGCCGAGAAGCUCGACACAUUGCUGGACAAGAGGAAAACUAAUUUGGAUGCCGUGAUUGAGUUUGCCAUCGUCGACAGUCUGUUGGUGAGGCAAGUCACUGGCCGUUUGAUCCACCUGGCCAGCGGGCGGUCCUGUCACGAUGAGUUUGCCCCUCCCAAGAAGCCAAUGACGGAUGAUGUAACCGGAGAACCUCUAAUCCGUCGCAGCGAUGACAACGCCGAGGCUCUGAAGAAGCGAUUGGAAGCAUAUCACAAGCAGACGAGGCCCUUGGUCGACUACUACGAGAGGAUAACUGCGAAGGCCCACCCUACCAUGAUCCUGAAUGUCCUUGGCUUCGUCCCUGACACUCUGACCUCCAUAAUCCCCGGAUGA